AUGAAAUUUAUCAUUUUGUUGGCUGUGAGUUAUUGCUUCGUUUCAUCAACACCAAUUGCUCAUCAUAAACAUUGGCAUCUCUGGAAAAAGGAACAUGGCAAGAGAUACCCUUGUUUGAAAGAGGAAAUCAAGAGACAAAGCAUCUGGUUAGCAAACAAGAAAUAUAUUGAUAACCAUAAUCAAGAAGCUUAUAAGCAUGGCUACACGUUAAAAAUGAAUCAUCUAGGUGACUUGACAACUGAGGAAUAUCAAGCUCAGUAUCUUAAUCCAGAUAUACUUCAAGUCCCAGACACAGUAGACUGGAGAACAAAAAAUGCUGUUACUGAAGUCAAAAACCAAGGAUCAUGUGGUAGUUGUUAUGCCUUCAGUGCUGUUGGAGCUUUGGAAGGAGCACAUGCAUUGGCUCACGAUGAACUAGUACGUCUCAGUGAACAGAAUGUCAUAGAUUGCUCAGUUCCUUAUGGUAAUCAUGGAUGCAAUGGAGGCAAUAUGUACCAAGUUUUUCAUUAUGUCAUUGAUAAUAAUGGCAUUAACACAGAAGAAAGCUAUCCAUACAAAGGAAGGCAAGGACAGUGCAAUUUUCAACAUAAAUCUAUUGGUGGAACCGAGGCAGGUAUUGUUCAGAUCCCUCCUGGCAGUGAGUCUGAACUCCAGGCUGCUACAGCUACUGCCGGGCCAGUGUCUGUAGCAAUUGAUGGGAGCUCCAAUGCUUUUAGAUUUUACGAGAAAGGAAUAUUUGAUGAGCCUAACUGUUCUUCCUCUAAACUUACACAUGCAGUUCUAAUUAUUGGUUAUGGAAAGGAUAAUGGAAAGCCAUAUUGGCUAGUAAAAAACAGCUGGGGUACUAAUUGGGGAAUGAAAGGCUACAUCAUGAUGGCUAAAGACAAAUCAAAUCAAUGUGGUAUUGCAACAGAUGCUUCCUUCCCUACUUCGGUAAAAAGUAGUUACGCAGUGGAGCUGGCCUUCAAACAAGACUCAGAGUGGCUAACAUGGAAACAAAAACACGACAAAUCUUACGAAAGUGACAUUCACGAACUGGAGAAGUACGUUACGUGGAUAUCAAAUCGCGCUUUCAUCGAGGCACACAAUCAGCUCAAAUCUGACUUCGGUUAUAGGUUGGCCAUAAAACCAGUUUGGAGAUUUGUUACUUUAAAAACAGAACAAGACACAAUGGGUAGCCAGCAGAUGAAGUUCCAAGAAGAAACGUUGCAAGAGUUUGAAGAGACUACCCCAUUCAAUAGAGCUGAAAUCACUCAUACUUUUGCACGAUUUAGAGAAUUAUACAUGGCAUUUUAUCGUGACACCACUGACAUGGACACCCCUCAUCAUAUUCAAAACAAUCAUGGAUUUGCCAAUCCCCUUUUUGAUGAACCAUUGACCAAUGAAGCAGACAAGAAGGGAUGGGACCGUGUUAAAAAUUGGAUGAUUGAUGGUGUCUUCUUUGAGUGCAAUAAAAGAGAAACAGUUCGAACCAAAUCAUCAGGGAAUGACGACGAAGAAGGUGGAUCAGAAUUGAGCUUUGAGGAAAUUACUGAAAAUGAGGAAGGAAAAAAAAAGUCACGAAUGCUAGAUUAG